AUGCCAUUUCUUAAAAAGCAUAAGGACCGAUUCUGUAAUGUUGUCUAUACUUUAUUUUUGUUUGAGGAGCAGAAACUGACACCAUUUAGUGAUACAUCACUUUCUUUCUUAGUGAUGCCAUGUGAUUUUGGGUGGCAUCUCUCGAAGGAAGAGUCUCACCAUAAAUUACCAUUUUGGAUUUGCCGACUUCUUCCCACUCUUUUCUUCAUAAAUGCAGGUUCAAUUUUGCGGUCAGAAACCAGUUUAUUCAGUUCUUGUAAUGUGAGUGGAAAGAAGAUGAGAGCUUCAAGCUGUGUAGGACUUGGUUUGAGCCUUGUUUUUGGGUGUCUGUUACUAGCUCUUUUCGCUGAGCUUUACUAUCUGUUAUGGUGGAAGAAAAGGGUAACUAACAGAGAUAUGAUUCAAGAAAGUUACAAUAGUCCAGCAAGAGAAUUCUUCUACAUGUUUUGUUGGAAAAAACCCUCAUCUUUGACCUCCAAUAGUCUAACAACAGACACCCAAGUUCAUGAACCACAAGCAUCAUCUUCAGCUCACAUAUGGCUCAGAGCAUUUGGUGAAGAACAAGAACAUGACAACAACAUCACAGUUGACUCUGAAGUCUUACACUCUGUCCCACCAAGAUUCCUUUUCACAAUCAAUGAAGAAACAAAAGAAGAUUUGGAAUCAGAAGAGAUGAGUAAGAGAGGAUCAAGAAGAAGUUUAAGUGAUGUCGUUUCAGUGGAUACACCAUUUUUCACCCCACUUGCUUCACCACCAUACUUAACACCUCCUAUAACACCUGGAGAUUAUUCUUAUAGAGCUUUUAGUCCUCUUUUUGAGGCAUCAAGUGAUUCAGAGUUCAACAGGAUAUGGGCUUCACCACCUCCUAAGUUCAAGUUCUUGAGAGACGCUGAAGAUAAACUUCAAAGAAGAAAAGAAAUCGAAAUUUUUCAAGACGAUGAUGGAGUGAAAGAUGAUGAAAAUGGUUCUUUUAUCACAUUAAUUGUGUCCAAAAACAAAGAGAGGGAGGAUUAA